GUCCACCACAACAAUCUACGAGUUGUGCGUACUCGCGGAGGACCAAUCACGUUAGUAAAUUUUCUCUCAGGUUGUUUUACGCACAGCACACUGAGUCGGUGUACUAUUGCAUCCAAUAAUAUUUUUCACUAAUGCCGAGGCGUCGUUAAAGCUCAGUUCAGUCAGUUUAGCCAAUGUGCGCCUCUGGAGGUUUGGCCGGCUCUCCAAUGCUUCUGCAUCAGUUUAUGAACGGAGCCCUAGAAGCCAUGCAUCCCACCGCGCUCCAGAAGGACACUACUUUUACCAAAAUCUUCGUCGGAGGGCUGCCGUACCACACCAACGACGCGUCGCUGCGAAAAUACUUCGAGGCCUUUGGGGACAUUGACGAGGCUGUGGUGAUAACUGACAGGCAGACGGGCAAGUCCCGAGGAUACGGCUUUGUAACGAUGACAGACCGAGGGUCGGCCGAGAGAGCCUGCAAGGAUCCCAACCCCAUUAUUGAUGGCAGAAAGGCCAACGUCAACCUGGCCUACCUUGGUGCCAAGCCUCGCAGCAUACAAACUGGCAUAUCCAUCGGAGUGCAGCCCAUUCACCCGGCAUUCAUCCAGAGGCAGUACGGGUUGGCCCCGCCUUACGUCUACCCGCAAGCCUACGUGCAGCCCAGCCUGGUGCUACCCACCCAGCUGUCGUCCUCUGUGACAAGCAGCCCUUACCUGGACUACAGCGCCGCCUACACGCAGUACGCCCAGGCCAACUUUGAGCAGCAGUAUCCCUACGCCGCCUCCCCGGCCGGCUUUCUGGGCUACAGCUACGCCGCCAGCCCCGCCGCCGCCGGUGUGGGGCCGGCCCCCGCCGCCACAGCGCCGUCCACCGUGCACCCGGCUCUGCCCUCGGCCGCCGCACCGGCCGCCGCCUUCCUGCACUACGCUCCGCAGCAGCAAAUCCAACCCGACCGCAUGCAGUGAGAUGGUGGGGGGGGGGGGGGGGGCGAAAGGUGGACCGAGGGUGGCACAUGCCCUUUGGGGGGCUACCCUGUUUUCAGGGCGUUUCAGGAAAAGGAGGGGGACGAUUGCACUAGACGCUAUCCAUCAGGAUGUCCUCUUUGCUCAUGGGGUGAAGGUAGGGGAGGGGCUGGAUUACAGCUAGGCGGGCUGAGACGCUUUAAUGUAUAAGAUCGCUUCCAAGGGCUUCUAGAAGCUGACUCUUUAUUAUUGUUAUUAUUAUUAUUAUACUUUAUAUUGUCCUUUAUUAUUAUAUUGACACCAUUGUUAAUUUGUAAGCCAUUGUUAUCAUUGUCAUGCCUCUCGGCUCGGUCGGUGGAGUAACAUGUCUGUGGUACAUAUUGUUUUGAGAGCUUUCUGUGACAUAUUAUCAGCUGGACGCGAGGAUGACCGCUGGGGGGGCAGAGGACCAUCAGGGGUCGAGUGACGACAGUCAGCCCUCCCACUAUCACUGUCCUCGUGCUAGUGAAGUAAAGCACUGCACCACCAUGAACAAACUCCCAGCACUCAGCUCGGCUCCAACCUGGAGGACACCACGUGUGACCUCACCAGGAAAAAAAAAAGAGAGAGAGAGAGAGAGCGAGAGAGAAGAUCUCAACAUUCAAGCCUCGGAGCUGCGUUGCAUUCUGCCUGGACAAUAUCAGGAAGACAAUUUAGUCUUUUUAUUGAAGAGGCCUUAACAAAGAAAAAGUCUGCUACUUCCCCUCCUGAUUCACACAAGCUCCUUUUGCCAGAAGUGCAGACUUUGUAACUGCUCUGUUUCCAGCAGUCACUCAUUAACCUGACCCACUAGUCUCUUGGUUAUUUUUGGUGGAUGUAGAUGAUUACUGUAUGUGGCCGUUUGGGACCAAGCAGGCCAUGUACGUUUCAUCGACGCAAUCCGACACUGUUUUCAACCAGUUGUUGUCCCCCCCCCCCCCUCCCCCUUCUCUAUCUGACUGUCACCAAUUGUCCAAGCACUGCAUUCAAGGUGUUUUCAGUCCUCAAGUACAUUUACAAUAUUUAUAUGUAGGUAUUUAUAAGAGGUACUAAGUUAAAUAGUGUGGUUUUUUUUUUCUUUUUGUACUAUGACUGUAGUUGUAGCACUGAUGCCAAUGAACCUGCAGAAGCAUACCUGCACAUCCAUGGGUAGAAUUGUCUUUGUCACCAUGUCAGUGCAUUUAUGUGAGCGCUGCUACAGAUGAGGCCUAUUUGUAGUAGAUAUCUCUCUGGUUGCAUCAGCAUAUGACUUUUAUAGUCCUUUUAAGAAAAGCCAUACAAGUUGAGAAUAAAGAAUUUGUACUUAGUAA